AUGGACGACGAAGUUGCUGCCGUUGUCAUUGAUAAUGGGUACGACGGCCACAACCAGCAAUCGAUUAAAAAUACUAAUGCAAUCCUUGCAGUUCCGGAAUGUGCAAAGCUGGCUUUGCUGGCGAUGAUGCUCCCCGCGCUGUUUUUCCUUCCCUUACUGGCCGUCCCCGCCACCAUGGGUAAUCCAUUCCCGUUCUUUGUCCAAACCAGCAAACCCAUUCAAGCACAACUAGCGUCACACGAAUUAUCCAAGAUCGCCUACCACUUCAGGGUCAUUAUUGGCAUGGGCCAAAAAGACUCCUACGUCGGGGACGAAGCGCAGUCUAAACGUGGAGUGCUUUCCCUCCACUACCCAAUUGAGCACGGUGUUGUUACCAACUGGGAUGAUAUGGAGAAAAUCUGGCAUCACACAUAUUUUAACGAGCUCCGCGUGGCCCCCGAAGAACAUCCCGUUCUGCUGACAGAGGCUCCCAUCAAUCCGAAAUCUAACCGGGAGAAGAUGACUCAGAUCAUGUUUGAAACCUUCAAUGUGCCGGCCUUCUACGUCUCUAUCCAGGCUGUGUUGUCUUUGUAUGCAUCUGGUCGCACCACUGGUAUUGUCCUUGACUCCGGCGAUGGGGUUACACACGUGGUCCCGAUCUACGAAGGAUUCUCUAUGCCACACGCCAUCGCUCGCAUGGACAUAGCGGGCCGUGACUUGACAGACUACUUGGUGAGAAUCCUAGCAGAGCGCGGCCAUAGCUUCACUACAUCCGCCGAGCACGAGAUCGUGCGCGACAUCAAAGAGAAGCUCUGUUACGUUGCGCUAGACUUUGACCAGGAGCUCGAAACUGCCGCCCAUAGUUCCAGUAUCGAGAAAUCCUACGAGCUCCCUGACGGACAGGUGAUCACGAUCGGCAACGAGCGCUUCCGGGCACCCGAAGCUUUGUUUCAGCCGAGCCUGCUCGGUAUUGAGCAAGGUGGUAUUCAUGAGACCACGUUCAACUCGAUUCAGAAAUGCGAUGUCGACGUUCGCAAGGAUUUGUAUGGUAACAUUGUCAUGUCCGGCGGUACGACUCUUUAUCCGGGCAUUUCAGACAGACUGCAUAAAGAGCUUGUCAAUCUAGCUCCUUCGUCGAUGAAAAUCAAGACCAUCGCGCCACCGGAGCGGAAAUACUCGGUCUGGAUCGGUGGCUCCAUUCUCACUUCGCUCUCGACGUUCCAGCAAAUGUGGAUCUCGAAACAGGAACAGGGACAGAUUAGACGUCUAGAAGAGCGGCUCGCUUCGCUUGAGCAGCAGUCGACUACUCAGCGUGGUAUAUCGGAGCAUCACAGAGAUGCUGUGCCCGAUGAAGUCUCAGCUGGGAGUGAGCAUGCUGUACCGCAGUCGGCUCGGAUUGCUCCUGUGUAUGAAGGUAUCUCUUCGUUCACCAGCCAGUCUAUGCUAGCCAGCGAUGUAGCUCAAAAGACAGCCAAUUCGGAAGGCGCCGGAGAACACUCGGAUCUCAAGUCCUCGUUAGAUCAUCUGAAGAUAUUGCUCCAGACACCGACAAGAUCGUCCUUUGCAACAGAGUAUCGGAUGUCUCGAGUUCCUGCAGCACGGUCCUUGCCCACAAUGGACCACUUGUUACCCGUUGAUCUAAUUAUUGCCAUUCUACAAGAAAUAAAGACUAAUCGCCCUAUAUUCCUUUGUUCAUAUGUGAUAAACGAUGCAGCCCUGGUCGAGCGCCUUUGCCAGAGAGUCUAUUUCCCAACAGAGCCAAUUUCAACGGCCGACCUAGCCAGCAUGCACGGGAUCCUUCUUACUCUCCUAAAAGAAUUCACGAUUCUGGGAAACUCUUUGUGUCAAAAGUUUAAUCUCAAGGCGCAUAUUUCCACGUGCGAGCAAAACUUCAAUACCUUGGUCGAGUCGUACGACGUUUUGGCUGUUCCUAGUUUUGAAAGUAUAUUCGCGCUGAUUAUGGGGUUCAUAAAAGCGCAGGACGAAGCAAAGCCAUUGCUAUGUUGCACUUUCAUCUCAGCAGCUGCCACCCAUUGCCAGAUGCUCGGGUACCAUCGCGAGAUAACGUAUCGCAGCGAUAAAACGGGUAAUUCGGAAAAUAUGCGACGACUAUUCUGGACUACGUAUCUCUUUGAGAGGCAUAUGUCUUUGUACUUUGGGCGAGCUUCCGGCAUGCAGGACUUCGAUAUUGAUGCACAGUACCCAGUCGUCACCACAGACCCUGCCGUUAGGCGUGGGACGAGUCAGGGUUCCAAGAGUUCCUACUCGGAACGAACGCGACGAAUACAUCGUAUACACUUUGACAUUCACCACUGGUACAAUGCGUUCAAGGAGAUCGACGCAAGUAACGUGAACAACCAACACAUAUUCAAAAUAACCAGAGAUAGCUGGGACAUGCUAUACUAUUCGACAUACACGUCACUGUUGCGCGCACCAAUCACAUCAGGUGAGGCAGACGCCGAGCUCAACACACAUUGCUUUCGGGUCGCGCGCCUUAGCCUACAGAGCCACUUACGCUGUUUUGGAAAAUUCCAAACCUCUGGCUUCCAUUCUAAUGCCGAUUACGCCAAUUGGGUUCUCCUAUUCUCUUCCUUCACGCCUUUCAUCGUCAUAUUCCUGCACGCUAUCGCAGCAACCAGCUCUGACGAUAUCCAACUUCUUACGGAGGUAGUUGACAGUCUGCAGCACAUCCGAUCUGUAUCAUCUAGCUCGGAGCGUCUGUAUCAAAUCUGCUCCACCUUCUUGCAGAUAGCUAAGGGACUGGUUAGAACAAAACAGUCAUGUGCUGGGACCUACAACGAGUUUGAGAACAGUCUACAGUUUACGGAUGAUGCGGGUCCGAUGUCGAUCUUCGAGCCUGAUUGCUUGCAGGGCCUUUUGGGAACGGAUACGUCAGAGCAAGCCCCCUACAUAGCGAAUCACGAUAUGUAUGAAAUCUUUGACUCUUGGGCAACUGGGUUGCCUACAGGGAUGAGUUUAUUUGGGGGUAAUGUCGGGGGUAUUUAG